GCGGAGGGGUGAAACCAUUGAGAGGGAGGGCCAGAGAGCCAUGGCGGUUUUGAAAUUGUCUCAGGGCCUGUAAGUUUCGGUGUAUCCCUUUCAAGAUGCCACUUUCAGACUUUGUUUUGGCCCUGAAGGACAAUCCCUACUUUGGGGCUGGAUUUGGGCUGGUGGGUGUGGGCACAGCCCUGGCCCUGGCCCGGAAGGGUGCCCAACUGGGCCUGGUGGCAUUUCGGCGCCAUUACAUGAUCACACUGGAAGUCCCUGCUCGAGACAGGAGCUAUGCCUGGUUGCUUAGCUGGCUCACCCGGCACAGUACCCGUACUCAGCACCUGAGUGUCGAGACCUCGUACCUUCAGCAUGAGAGUGGUCGCAUCUCCACUAAGUUUGAAUUUAUCCCUAGCCCUGGAAACCACUUUAUCUGGUAUCAGGGGAAAUGGAUCCGAGUGGAACGAAGCCGAGAGAUGCAGAUGAUAGACCUGCAGACGGGUACUCCUUGGGAAUCUGUCACCUUCACAGCUCUGGGAACUGACCGCAAGGUUUUCUUCAACAUCCUGGAGGAAGCUCGAGAGUUAGCCUUGCAGCAGGAAGAAGGGAAGACAGUGAUGUACACAGCCAUGGGCUCUGAAUGGCGCCCUUUUGGAUAUCCACGCCGGCGGCGGCCUCUGAAUUCUGUGGUUCUAGAACAGGGUCUGGCUGACCGAAUUAUCAGAGACAUUCGGGAAUUCAUUGAUAACCCCAAGUGGUACACUGACAGAGGCAUUCCCUACAGACGUGGCUACCUGCUUUAUGGGCCCCCUGGCUGUGGAAAGAGCAGUUUUAUCACAGCCCUGGCUGGGGAGCUGGAGCACAGCAUCUGCCUGCUGAGUCUCACAGACUCUAGCCUCUCCGAUGACCGGCUCAACCACCUGCUGAGUGUGGCCCCACAGCAGAGCUUGGUGCUCCUGGAGGAUGUGGAUGCUGCCUUUCUCAGUCGAGACCUGGCUGUGCAGGACCCAGUGAAGUACCAAGGUCUAGGUCGUCUCACUUUCAGUGGACUGCUCAAUGCCUUGGAUGGUGUGGCUUCCACUGAGGCCCGCAUUGUGUUCAUGACUACCAACCAUGUUGACAGACUGGACCCUGCCCUGAUACGUCCAGGGCGAGUAGACCUGAAGGAGUACGUGGGCUACUGCUCACACUGGCAGUUGACUCAGAUGUUCCAGAGAUUCUAUCCAGGGCAAGCACCUUCUUUGGCAGAGACCUUUGCAGAAUGUGUCCUUCAAGCUACAACUCAGAUCAGUCCUGCCCAAGUGCAGGGUUACUUCAUGCUAUAUAAAAAUGACCCUACAGGGGCAAUUCAAAAUGCUGAGUCCCUGAGGUGACAACUAGGCUAUACUCAGCUUUCUCUAGGGGAUUAAUAAACACCUACCAUACUA